GAACAGGACAUAGGAUGGGCCGAGCCGUGCGAGCAGGUGUCAUUCAACAUUGAAGAGGAGGAGUAUCUCAAAAAGCGAGAGAAGCAGGAAAACGGAAGGAUGCCUGCUUCGUCGCAAACCGCCGCAUCCGAGCGGCGAAAUGAAAGGACGCUGACGACGCACGAACCACCGAAAUUGAAAACAACCUUAAAAACACCUCCCAAGCAAGCGACCAAUCCUUUACAGUUCGUAAAAGUUGGACCAUGUUCGCUGUAUCGAACCGCACAGGAACAAUUACAAAAAGUACAAGAGGUAAAGAAAAUCAAACAGGAAGUCCGCGAUGAUCCGGAGGACUGGCAAUCGAAUUUGGAUAACUGGAAGAGUAGCCGGAGGAAGCGGCAGGAACAUAUAAUCGAGCGGGUGGUGGAGGUGAAGAAACUCGAGUUAGAGGAGCACGAUCGUCAGCGUCGUCGGAAUAAAACCUUCUCGGAGAUGAUGGAGGAGCGCGGUAACAGAGGCCGCAAGCUGAGCAUUAGCUUGGCUAUGUACAACGAUGAGGAUGCAAAUGAUCUCAGUGACCUCGGAAUCGGUACUAGCAGCGGCAAGAGCUCGGUCAGCGGCGAUACGCAUGACGAUACGCAUAGUGUUUUGAGUGAUAGAGACAGCGAGAUUGAAAAGAGCCAUUCGGAUGUCGAUAACGCUGCCGAUAUGACCUCAUCUAUGGUGACGAGUAUUACAGCGUUGACGACAACGACGACGACGACGACGGCAACAAUCGCGGCCACAUCAGCAACAACGAUUACAUCAGCAACAACGAUGCCGACGAUAACGGCGACGGAUACAAAUACGACAAUAGCAUCGACAACGACGACAACGACAACGAUUGCGACAGCGUCUACCGCGAGAAAAAUGUUCGGUGGUAGUAGUUUUCAUACCAAUCUAAAUCACAAUCAGGAAUAUGAUUCCGGUACUACCGGGACAACGAGCUCGCCCGAACCAGAAGAAUAUACAUACGAAGGCGCCAUUCGCGGUUAUGUAUCGAGAGUCUCGCAAAACAUACCACGGAGAUCCUUAACCGGGAUUGAUUCCAAGUUAGAGGCAGCAAAAUCGUCGGUGAACGGUUCCAAGACGAACUUGAACGAUGACAGUAGUAAGUCCCCGGUGUCGGUAGUCAAGGUAGACAUACUAAAACGACGCGAAGUAUUCGAGAAGGCGUCGCAGAAGAGCAACGAUGGCAAGACGAACAACAGGUUGUCUGGUGACUUUACUGGCACGAAAUCGAUCAAGGAAAGACUGUCCAGUCUCGAGAGGCAAAAAUAUGAGACGGAGAACGGCGAAAAAGCCACUAAUAAAACUCUUAACCGAUUAUCCGGCGAUAUGAGUUCUAUCCGAGAGAGGCUCACCCACUUGGAAAAGCAAGCUUCGGAGCGAGAGAGCAAGAGUUCCGUUCACCGUAAGCUCAGCACGGAGGAUGUAGAGACGGUGAGGCCUCUCAGAGAAAGACUGUCCACCCUCGAGAAAUAUAGUAGCAGCGACGAGUCAUCGGUGCCAACUACGACGAAUGAGUCGCGCUCGCAUAACGGCGAGCUCACCGCCAGAACAAUCAAGGAUCGUCUCAGCGCACUGGACGUCGCCAGAGGCAAGGACACGACGGACAAACGAGGACCUGCGCACGUCGGCAAGCAUCCACUCUGUUUCCGAGAUCAAGAGAACAGGGUCGACACCUCGACGCCCAGCGAGAGGAGCUCGUCGCCCGACUCGGAGUAUCGCGUACCGCGUGCCGUCUUUCAUAGGAGUCUGGACUCCUUAGACGCGGACGCAUCCAGCGGCCCAGACACCUUCGAGCGCGUGCAAAGCCUUGAGGAGCUCGAUUAUGCACGCCAGUAUCCCGCCUCUUCGUCGUCCGCAGAGCUCCUGAAUGAUACGGACCGCGAAGACUCGGGUAUUCACACCGCGGAUGUAAGUUGUUCAGUCAGCCAGGCGGACGAGCCGAUCGACGAAGAGAUCGUGCAGCACGCCGGCGGCACGAUUAUCGAACGACGAGAACCCGUCGUCGAAGAAAGGAUCAAGGUUACGUCUGUUGCCCAGGAGGAUGCAUCGACAUCAGGCACGACAGUGGAAGCAUCGAACAACGAUACUGCAGCGGCUACUCACUCACAGUUCACCAGUCACCGAGAGGCAGUAGCAGUGAAUAAGGGUACUGCUGACAUCUCUGAGGAACUAUCAACUAACAAAUCACAGCCGCAGACGCGCAUAGAGACCAUUACUAAUUCUAAUAUACUUCGUUCGCAUACUUCCGUGCCUCGCGCUAUCACCACCCAUCCGAGUCCCAAAGUACCUUCGCGAGAAACGACGUUGCCCGAAAGCUUUUCGAAACUACGCGCGUUCAGUAAAGACGCGGUCGAGUUCAAGACAGAUUCCGAACCGAGUCUCAACGAAUCUAUAGUAUCGGCCAGUCUGAAGCUCUGUAUCGAACAACCGAGACCGAAAUUCAUUGGCCAGGCGAAGCGGCAGAAUCUGUCCAAGGAACAUCUCUCCAAUCUCCCUCAACCUCAACCGUGCUCGGAUACGAUCAUCCCUAGCGCGGAGACAUACCAAUUGUCGUUUCCUUCCGUCAGAGCGACGACGAUUCCAACUAGUCUUUCUCUCGAGACCAGUCCGGUUUCCAAGCCCGCGUCCUGCCGCACCAUAUCCAAGAUUCCCACCCCUCUGUCUCGCAAAACCACCAAGUCCUCGCCAACGAGUUCCGACACUGUCUUGACCUCGUCCGUCGGCAAAACUUCGCCCUCGAAGGCGCACAGCGCGAAUAACAAGCCCUCGACGAGUCAGUCCCCCUGCCCGAUUCGGAGAACGUCCGAAACGGCGACCGUCGCCGAGCUCUCCUCGCCCGUGUCCCCGCAAGCGAGUUCAGCGGAGGUGUCUCCGUCCUCACCCUCGUCGAGAUUACCCUCAGCGAGCGUGCGACGCCACGAGGACACGCUGGUGCCUGCGGAACGACGUCGCACCGUGGUGGAGGUGUGCGAGAAGGUGGUGGUACCUCAGGGCAAGGCGCCCACGUCGCCGCCGGUGACGCCGUUCAUCACGGUGAACCGCGUCAGCGCGGCGGACAAGCGGACAACCCCCGUCGCCGAGGAACGGAUCGUUAUCGAGAAAGCGGAUCGAGAGGAGGAGACGGCGACCACCGUGGCGAACCGCCCAGCGGCUCCUGCAGUCGAGCACAAGCAACAGGAAACGACGGAGACGUCGGCGAGCAUCGGGAUGCCUGCCGUCGCCGCCGCCGCCACUACCACCGUCACCACGAACAAGUGCGACGUCGACACCGACGUGCACGAUGCGUCUAACGCUACGGUCGCCACGCCGACAGCUGACCAUCCGCUGGAACGACCGACGAACCUGAGUUUAGCCAAGCAGGAAGCCAAUUUGACCGACGCAGUGAAUAAUCCGAGUCCAACCUCGCCGAUUUCCAAACAAAUUCUACCGUUAACUCUGUCCAACGACGAGGAGAUAAUCGCCGCUCAACCUUUCCUUCUAAGCCCACCAACGAGUGUAGAACCCCCGAAGGAAAAACCACCGCCGCCUCCAGUGGAUGUAAGCGACGAUGAGAACCCUCCGCCGGAGCCACUCAAGAGAUUAAAUUCUACUCGUAGAAUUAAGAAAGAGUUGCGCACGAGACGCUCUGAUUUUCUCGGUAUUGAGGGGCAGGUCAACGACGAUGAUCUCGAACCCGAAUUGGCGCUGACGAAACCACCAGACAUGGCGGCGAUUCUCGCCGAAGAGAGACGCAUUGAACAACUUCACCGUCGCUCGUACGACACCGACAGUAAUUAUGAACAAGAUUCGAGCCACGAGAGAGAUUCCGGGGUCGAAUUAGGACACGUCGAGGAUUGGGCGAAGCAACCCGUCAGCCCUGACAUGUCGCAGCAUAGUAGGCAGAGCAGCGAGCCUUUUGGUGCCAGUGUGACUUCCUCCGAGGAGGAUGAAAUAACAAAGAAGGAGCGGGAAAUCAUCGAGGUCCUUGAGAAAGAAGAACAGUGGCGAUACGGCGACAAUCACGAAUACAACAGUGACUUAGGGGAAAGACUGGCUCAUAAAUUACGUGAACUUGAGGAAGAAAAGAUGCAGCUGGAGAGGGAGGCAAUAUUGCGCUGCAACGAGGACGCGUUUCGCAAGAAGGACGACAGUACACGCAAGCAGGAAGAUUCUUCCUCACACGAGCAACUGCAACAGCAACAUGAUGAGACAGCGAAACAGCGGGAGAUCCAAGCUCGAACGACGGAGGAGGAAGCAAAGUACGUCGGAGACAAGCGAAAAGACGAGAAGCUUGAGAUGCAGUCAGAACAACUGAAGAUGCAGAACGAGAUCAAGGAGAAGGAGCGAAGAGUCGUUGAUGCGUGUCGUAAGGAGGAGAUGCGCAUUCGAACGAUGGAAAGUCAAAUUCGCGAGCAAGAGAACAAGGCAUUGGUCGGUGCUGGGUUGAGCAACAACGAAGAUGAAUUUCCUUCCGGGGAAGUGUUACGAGUAGAAAGAGAACUUCUGCAGUUGGAGCAAGAAGAAUUAAAGAGACAACGCAAUAAUUUGGCCUAUCGCGAGCAAAAGCAGCUCAGAUUAGCAGAGCAGUUACAAGAACAGUGGAAAUCCUUGCAAGACGUUGCACAGAAUUCUAUUAAAAAUGUGCAACAGUACAAAUACCAUACUCCUGCGAUGAAUUACAGAUCUUCAAUGCCAAACUUGCAGUUUCAAGAUGCACCGAGAAGAAGACCGCCACCACCACCGAUUCCACUUUCUAAACCACGUAUGCUAGAUCAGAGACAAAGAGAUGUUACAAUCAAGAAUAGCCGUAUACCAUCCGCGGAUUCGAUUCCUCAACAAGUGGAUGCAUCGAUUCGGGAGAACGCAGCGACAACACUCGGGAAUCAUACUGGUCAACAAAUGUCCAGGCAAACUUUACAGGCAUUAAGCGCAGUACCGCGUCCACGAAUUGUUCAAGGUGAUCAGUGGGUCCAGCGAAGAAAGAGUGACGUGCCAAGAAAUGCUCACGAUGUAAACUAUCAACAUUGGCUUAUUCAAGAAGCAGAACAAAGGAGGAUUAAUGAGAGAAACCAACGAUCACCGGCGCGAAAAUCUCAGCCGCAUGUAACUUGCACUUCCGUACCAUAUAACGCUCCAAUUCGAACAGAUAGCAAACCGUUACCAGAUUCUAUUAUACAAACUUUAACGCAAAGGGUACAGAAUAAAACGCAGGAAAAACCUCUUCUAACAAAGCGAAGGCCGGAGCAAGUUCACAAUCAAGAACACUUGACUGUGCAACAUCAAUCGCCACAGUAUAUGGUACAAUCUCAAAAAACCCAACAUGUGCCGAUUGCGAAUAACAACGGAAAUCAAGAAAAAAUGUUGAGCGUGAGCGGGAAGAAAAAGUGCUCUCAUUGCGGAGAAGAAUUAGGUCGAGGCGCUGCGAUGAUAAUCGAGAGUCUACGAUUGUUUUAUCAUAUGGAAUGUUUCAAAUGUUGUGUAUGCCAUGUACGCCUCGGCGAUGGAUUGAUGGGAACAGACGUGCGCGUCCGAAAUCACAAACUCCAUUGCCAUAAUUGCUACUCCAGUGACGAUGGUGUCAAGUUCAGUUGUGUGUAGAAGCCUGGUGAUUAACGGAAUUACACUAAUUAACUUGAUUUUGAUUGUAUCGUUUUUCGACUGUAUCUUAAGAUUUUUAUAAUCGAUCGUUCGUUCGUUUGUUGAAUUACCUUUAUUUAAAAAUGUCAUGUCGACAUGGCAUAAAAUAAAUUGCGUAAAUGUAAUUUUUUGACAGGUCAGGAAGAGGAAUGACACCACUGUUCGCCGCGCGAUAUAUUAUAUUUUCCGUAAUUUUUAUUCAAGGUAGUGAGUUCAAUACAUGUAUGCAAUACUGUUUCCACCAACUAACACGAACCAUACGUGAAGAAUGUAUAUAAGAUGUAUUUAUGUAAUUAGUUAUAGAAAUAAGAAUUCAUAAUUGUUGAGAUGGUUUAAUGUAACUGGCGUCACUUUAUUGAUGCUGUAUAUUUUUGUAAUAUAGUUCUCUAUUUAUUUUACCAAGUAUAUCUAAUUUACAACAGUUAUAUAACAAAAUGCGCGCGAUUUUAUUUUCUUAAGCGACAUCUUCGAUUAUUUCUUUAUUUUUAUUGUGAAAGCGAUUAGGUAUAAGAUUAAGUCUCCGAGAGAAUUAAAUUUUUGACUUUGUGGAGAUCGAUAAUUACAAACAGUGGCGGAUUUAGUAAUAUGCUGAGAGCAUCGACAUAUUAAGAUAGACUGCUUACGAGGCAUAAAAAUCCUAGAAGUUAAGGGUAUCCUGUGGGAAAAGUAUAGCGUGAUAAUAACGGUAUCUUUUUUUUUAAUGGGCGCGACUUAUGCACCAAAUAUUAAUAUUAAUAGCCGUGUCCCCAUUAGAGCCCCCCCCCCUUCACUAUAUUCUUUAUCAGAAAAAGAUAGCACACCAAAAUACUCGGUCUAUCUUUUUCUUUGUGGUGUACACCUCGCAUUAUCUCAUAAGCAAUCUAUUAUCUUAAUAUGACUGAAAGGCUCCUGACAUAAAUGGGCUAAUAUUACUUUUUAAAUUAAAAUUUCCAUUCAAUUUUUUUCUCUUACGAAUUUUAAAAAACUUAUUUUGUCAAUGCUAAUCGAGAGAAAAACUAUGUUAAUUUUUUUGUGUGUAUUAUAUUUCUAUUUUUAAAAUAUAACUUGGCGUUAAACACUUUUUUAUGUUAAUAAUGAAAUUACAUAUCUACAAAUUCUUCUAGAUCUUGCAAGAAUAUUAAUUUAGAUCCGCCAUAAUUGAUGAAAAUGCAGUUUAUAUCAGUAUUUCCGUACAUACAUCAAAAUUGGCUCGAUGCGAUCGUGUGAACAAAAAUAUCCCCCAUUCGCUUUCCAUAAUUUUAUCAAAGACAUGUUACGUUGUGAAAUGUUAUAACAUACGCAUCUCGUGUUAACGUAAUUUUAUAUUAUUAAAGAGAAUAAAUAUAAAACAGAUA